AUGCUGGCCUCCGCCCGCCGGCUGGUCACGGUCGAUGCGCUGGUGGUGGGCUCGGGCAUGGUGGGCGCUUCGACGGCGUUCAGUCUGGCGCGCGCCGGUGCCGACUCGGUCAUGGUGCUGGAGAUGGAGGAUGCGCAUGGGGUCCACUCGACGGGCCGAUCGGCGGCUCUGUACUCGGAGACGUAUGGCUCGCCGCUGACCCGGGCCCUGACCACCGCGUCGAAGCUCGCACUGCACGGCGAUGCAGAGGCCGGCGCGCCGCCGGCUGAUGAUCCGUUCCUUCGCCCGCGUGGUACGGUCUGGGUCGCCCGCCAAGAUCAACUGGACACCAUGGACGCCAUGCUCGACGCCAUCGUCGCCGAGGGCCUCGUCACCUCGCUGAAGAGGCUGGACGAGGCCGAGCUCCGCGCCAUCAUGCCGGCCAUCCGACCGGGCUACGCCGCUGCAGGCGUCUACGAGCCCGACGCCAUGGACAUGGACGUCAACGGACUGCACAUGGCAUUCAUCCGCGGCGGAAAGGCCGCCAGCGUCGACUUUCGCACCGGCGCAGGCCUGCUCGCGGCGGCCUGGGACGCUCACGCCGGUCUUUGGGAGAUCUCUGACACUACUGGUAGCGUCCAUCAUGCCCGAAUGCUGGUCAACGCCGCCGGCGCGUGGGGAGAUGUCGUCGCGGAGCGGUCAGGCAUCGCUCCGCUCGGCCUUGUCCCCAAGCGGCGGACGAUCAUGACAUGGCCAGCGCCCGCGGCCGCAGACUAUCCGGCCGACGCGCCGCCGGCGGCCUGGCCCAUGGUUUUUGACGUCGACGAAGAGUUCUACUUUAAGCCGGAUGCUGGGCAGAUGCUUGCUUCGCCGGCCGACGCCACCCCUGUUGAGCCGCACGACGCCUACGCCGACGACAUGGACGUUGCCGUCUGCGCCGACCGCAUCAUGACCGCCACCGACCUCUCCAUCGAGACACUCACCGCGUCGUGGGCCGGCCUCCGUACCUUUGCCCCUGACAGCGACUUUGUGCUCGGGCCCGAUGGCAUCAACCCAUCGUUUGUCUGGGCCGUUGGCAUGGGCGGCUACGGCAUUCAGACCGCACCGGCAACCGGCGCCGUUGUCGCCGCCACUGCCACCGGCUCGGCCCUCCCGUCGUGGAUUGUCAACGUCGGCAUCACUUCAGCAGAUCCGUUCUCGCCCUCACGGUUCUCAUGA